AUGGCUUCCUACGGUGGCGGAUAUAAAGGCGGUUAUGGAGGGGGCGGCGGGGGUGGUGAUGAUGCAGGCGGUUUCGUUUACGGAUCUCAACAAGGCAGCCAAGGAGGCAACCAAAAGUCCCAGAGGAACGAGACGUUACGUCCUCUAACGAUCAAGCAAAUGCUCGACGCCGAAGAGACCUACCCCGAGUCUGCCGAAUUCCGCAUUGACGGUGCCCCAGUCUUCCAGAUGACCUUUGUGGCCCAAGUCCGCCAAGUAAACCGCCUCCAAACAAACAUCCACUUCAAAGUCGACGACGGCACCGGCGUAAUCGAAGGCAAGAAAUUUAUAGACGCAGACAAGUCCGACGAGGGUCCCGAAUACACGAUCCAAACGGACGACUACGUCCGCGUCUACGGCCACAUCCGCUCCUUCAACAACAACCGCCACAUCGCCAUCCAGGUCAUCCGCCCCAUCACCGACUACAACGAGAUCCACUACCAUCUCCUAGAGGCUACCGCCGUUCAUCUCUACUACACGAAGGGCCAGCUUGGUCAGCAGGGCGGAGGCGGCGCCGCUGCUAACCCUGCCGGUGGCGAUAGUAUGUUCGUUGACGAUGGGGGCUACGGUGGUGGUGCUGGGGGCGAUGCGAAUCAACAUGCGGCUGGUGCGGCGAAACUUGGGAACGUGUCGGCGGCGGCGCGGAGGUUGUACGACUUUAUGCUUAAUGCGCCGGGUGGUAACGAGGGUGUACACUUGCAGGAGCUCAGCAAGGGUUUGGGAAUGACGGCGAGGGAAGUGCUUGCGGCUGCGGAUGAGCUGCUGGGUCAGGGUGUAAUAUACACCACUAUUGAUGAUGAGACCUGGGCCGUACUAGAGUACUAG